AUACACCAAUCCAUUACCACCACAUGAUUAGGCCCAUUAAACUCAAUCCAAUCGCUAGCUUUGAUCUAAUCCAUUUUCUGUGUGCACUUAACAAUUUACAUUGACUGACUAUAGUCACAGAAGGGAAAAAAUUGAUCGCAAUCAUAUCCUAAUCUAUCUACCUGCACACGACUCAUGCAGCAGGAACCACACUGCCCGUCGACAGACGCGAGCAGCCACCCCGAUCCUCCUCUGGCGCACGCGAGAGAAGGCAGCUGCCCCCGUCGUUCCUCCUAUGAUCGACGCGACCGCGGGCGCCGCAACCUCCGCCCACAACGCCAAGGUCUCAGUUGUUUUGCGCCGCUGCCCAUGCCGCCACCGCGACCUGCUGCUCGGCGGCGUCCCUCUCCAUGCCCUCCGCCGACCACUCCGCCGCCGGCCAUGCCCGUGCAUCUCCAGGGUGCUGCGGGGAAUGUCACCGCUGCACGUCUGCAUAGCGUGGUGGCUGCGACGAGGCUGACUUUGCGGCUCAGCACAGCGUCCCGGAGCUCCUGCGCUCUCUCUCAGGAAUAAUGGCGUACGAGUAUAUAACAACGUUUGGCUGGGUUCCAGUGAGAGCACGGACAGGACCACCCCAACUCCUUGAUCAAUCCAUUUGUUAACGAAGUUAGCAAUGUUCAUGAGAAGAUGCAGCGUCACAAACAACUCAACAUUUAUCAUUGUAUAGUAUAGCUAGCAAAUCAUUGUAUAUUAUGAUUUAUACUUUUCUUCAUAUAUAAUACUACUAUCUUUGGGAAAGGUAGAAUAAUUGUUCCUCUCCAGUUGACAUGAUUGGCUGAAUUUCAAUAAAAGUCUUUUGGUUUGCAA